AUGGCGUAUGAUGCAGCAGCCAUAGAGUUUCGAGGUGUUAAGGCGAAGACAAACUUCCCAGUGAUGUCCUCGUAUUGUCUAGGAAGUAAGUUAUUUUCCUCCCAGACUCAGAAUCAUCUGGAUGCUCAUGGUCGUGGUCAUGGUGGUCUUGAUCGUGGUGAAAUGUUUCAUACUAACAGAUUCGGAUCCAUAAUCAUGGGUUCCGAUGCAGGAAAUCUCAGCGAGUCGGAUUCUUCAUCAGUGGUUGAUUUUAUGGGUAACGAUACUAAGGACAUUCAGAUCGAGCUCAAUUUUCCACCGGUGCCCAAGAACAAGUGA